AUGCCUUCGAUUGCCAUGGUGAACCAGUCACCGGAGUCCGCAGAAAAGAAGGUGAAGAAAAUGAAGAAAAUCGCUCUCGACGGCAUCGAGUCCGAGUCGGUGAAGAGUAAGAAGAAGAGCUCGAAGGUCUCUGAUCAGGAAGAGGACGGGUAUUCGGAGAAGAAGGAGAAAAAAAAGAAGGAGAAGAAGAAGAGGAAAGCUGCGGAGAUGGGGAGCGAGGAUGAGGAGAGGAGUGAGACGAGCUCGGAGCUGGGUGAGCCGGUGAAUUUGAAGGCGGAGAAGAAGAGCAAGAAGGGUACGAAGGCGAAGGUUUCCAGUGGCGGGGAAGAAGAAGAGGAGGGGGAAGAUGAGGACGGUGAGGUCGAGGAGAUGAAGCCGGAGGAUCCCAACGCCGUGACCAAUUUCCGGAUAUCGGAGCCGCUGAGGAUGAAGCUCAAGUCCAGGGGGAUUGAGGCGUUGUUCCCUAUUCAGGCGAGAACGUUCGAUGAUGUCCUCGACGGUUGUGAUUUGGUCGGCAGGGCUCGCACCGGUCAGGGAAAGACGCUUGCAUUUGUAUUGCCCCUAUUGGAGUCUCUAACUAAUGGACGUGCGAAAGCUGCCAGAAAGAUGGGAUACGGCCGGCCACCGAGUGUUCUUGUUCUUCUACCGACGAGGGAGUUGGCAGUUCAGGUGUUUGAGGAUUUCAAGGUUUAUGGAGAGUCAUUGGGCUUGACAUCUUGUUGUUUAUAUGGCGGUGCUCCUUACAACCCCCAAGAAUCCAGUCUUAAAAGAGGGGUCGAUAUCGUUGUUGGAACACCAGGGCGCAUUAAGGAUCACAUUGAGCGGGGCAAUAUCAAUUUUAGCUCCUUGGUAUUCCGUGUCCUUGAUGAAGCCGAUGAAAUGCUCAGAAUGGGUUUUGUAGAGGAUGUGGAGCUUAUCCUAGGAAAAGUGGAGGAUGUUACUAAAGUCCAGACACUUCUGUUCAGUGCUACCCUGCCUGAAUGGGUGAAACAUAUUGCUUCAAAGUUCCUUAAACCGUCCAAGAAAACCAUAGAUCUUGUUGGUAAUGAGAAAAUGAAGGCUAGUACCAAUGUAAGACACAUCGUCCUUCCUUGUUCUGCAUCGGCUAUACCUCAACUGAUCCCUGAUGUCAUUCGCUGCUACAGCAGUGGUGGUCGUACCAUUAUUUUCACUGAGAAGAAGGAUACUGCUAAUCAACUAGCGGGGUUAUUACCUGGGGCUCGUCCUUUGCAUGGUGACAUACAACAAUCUCAAAGAGAGGUAACUCUUUCUGGGUUCAAGUCCGGCAAGUUCUUGACACUGGUUGCCACAAAUGUGGCUGCAAGGGGAUUGGAUAUCAAUGAUGUGCAGUUGAUUAUCCAGUGUGAACCUCCGCGUGAUGUUGAAGCUUAUAUUCAUCGAUCUGGACGUACAGGAAGAGCAGGCAAUACUGGGGUCGCUGUGAUGCUCUUUGAUCCAAGAAGGGCUAACAUUUCCAAGAUACAGAGGGAAGCUGGUAUAAAAUUUGAACAUGUAGCUGCACCUCAAGCUGCUGAUAUCGCCCAAUCUGUUGGUCUACAAGCAGCUCAAACGAUAACCAAGGUUUCCGACAGUGUGAUCCCUGCUUUUAAGGCUGCAGCUGAGGAACUAUUGAAUUCUUCUGGUAUGUCAGCUGUGGAUCUCCUUGCUAAAGCACUAGCAAAGGCUUCUGGUUAUACUGAGAUUAAGACUAGAUCACUUCUGAGUUCCAUGGAGAACCAUGUUACGCUUCUUCUCGACGCUGGAAAACCAUUCUAUUCUCAAUCGUAUGCUUAUGGUAUGCUGAGGAGAUUCUUGCCAGAAGAUAAAGUCGAGUCGGUCAAGGGCUUUUCACUCACACUGGAUGGGAAAGGUGCUGUCUUUGAUGUGGCAGCAGAGGAUGUCGACACUUUCCUGGCUGGGGCGGAAAAGGCAGCUAACGUGAGCUUGGAGGUGGUGAAGGCAUUGCCUCCCCUACAAGAAAGAGAGCAGUCUAGGGCAAGAUUUGGUGGCGGCGGCGGUGGCCGUGGGUAUGGUGGUCAAAGUGGUGGUGGUUUCAGAUUUGGUGGCAGAGGUGGCGGCAGAGGAGGUGGUGGUAGGGGUGGUUCCGGCGGUGGGUGGAGAGGUUCUGGGAAGAAGUGGUGA